AAUUUUGUUUUUGUUGGCAGGAUUUGACAGGAGCUGAGUUAUACACGCAGCCAGCGGACCUUUUGCAUCCAGUAAUUUAUGCCACUGCCAUGGUUUUGCUGAUGUGCCUGUUAAUGAUCAUUGUCAGUUACGUGUACCAUCACAGUGUGAUCAGGAUCAGUGUAAAAAGCUGGCAUAUGCUGGUUAACCUGAGCUUUCAUAUUUUCCUGACGUGUGUGAUGUUUAUUGGAGGCAUAACUCAGACCAGGAAUGCCAGCAUUUGUCAAGCAGUUGGGAUAAUUCUCCACUAUUCCACUCUUGCGACAGUCCUGUGGCUGGGAGUGACUUCUCGUAAUAUUUACAAGCAAGUAACCAAAAAAGCAAAAAGAUGUCAAGAUCCUGAUGAGCCACCUCCUCCACCCAGACCGAUGCUGAGGUUCUACCUUAUCGGUGGAGGGAUCCCCAUCAUAGUUUGUGGAAUAACAGCAGCAGCAAACAUCCGAAAUUAUGGCAGCAGACCUAAUGCUCCUUAUUGCUGGAUGACUUGGGAACCCAGCUUAGGAGCAUUUUAUGGACCAGCGAGCUUUAUCAUUUUCAUAAACUGCAUGUAUUUCCUCAGCAUAUUCAUACAACUGAAACGUCACCCUGAACGGAAGUACGAACUCAAGGAGCCUGUUGAGGAGCAGCAGCGCCUGGCCACCAACGAACACGGGGAGCUGGCUCACCAGGAUUCAUUGUCGGUGUCACUGGUGUCCACGUCUGCUCUGGAGAACGAGCACAGUUUCCAGGCCCAGCUGCUGGGGGUGGGCCUCACCCUGCUUCUCUACGUGGCUUUGUGGAUCUUCGGAGCUCUGUCGGUUUCCCUCUACUAUCCCAUGGACCUCAUCUUCAGCUGUUUCUUUGGGGCCACCUGUUUAAGCCUCAGCGCCUUCCUGAUGGUCCACCAUUGCGUCAACAGGGAGGACGUCAGGCACGCCUGGAUAACCACCUGCUGCCCUGGCAGGAGCACCUACUCGGUGCAGGUGAACGUUCAGCCCUCCAGUUCCAGCGGGACCAACGGAGAGGCCCCCAAGUGCACCAACAGCAGCGCGGAAUCCUCCUGCACCAACAAAAGCGCCUCCAGCCUGAAAAACUCUUCUCAGGGCUGUAAACUCACAAACUUACAGGCCGCGGCGGCCCAGUGCCACCCCGCUUCUCUGCCCCUGAACACGGGUCCUCAGCUGGACAACAGCCUCACCGAGCACUCGGUGGAUAAUGAUAUCAAAAUGCACGUGGCACCCUUAGAGGUCCAGUUCCGGACAAACGGACACCCCAGCAGGCACCACAAGAACAGAAGCAAGGGGCACCGUGCCAGCAGGCUGGCCGUGCUGAGGGAGUACGCCUACGACGUGCCCACCAGCGUGGAGGGCAGCGUCCAGAACGGCCUGCCCAAAAGCCGCCAAAGCAACGGCGAAGGGCACUCCAGGAGCAGAAGGGCCUACUUGGCCUACAGGGAAAGGCAGUACAACCAGUCCCAACAAGACAGCAGCGAUGCUUGCAGCACCCUUCCCAAAAGCGGCAGGAAUACGGAAAAAACGAUACCCGCCAACAACAAAAAAGAGAUUCUAAGGAAACCCAUAGCGGUCGAACUUGAAAACCAACAGAAAUCUUACGGCUUGAAUUUAGCCAUUCAGAACGGACCCCUUAAAAGCAGCGGGCAGGACGGCCCCUUGCUCACUGCGGACAGUACUGGGAAUAUCAGAACUGGGUUGUGGAAACACGAAACGACUGUGUAGGGUUAGGACUCACUGCGGGACGAACCCAUCCGAACGGUGAUCACACAUUCCUUCAAGCUGGUCACACUUCGACGGACUCUUGACAAGCUCUAGGUACUUUACGCAGGGAAGGGAACAAAAAUAAUCGGCCCAGCAAAAGAUUGUAUUGGUUAUAAUCUUUGCUGUUCUUACAAAGAUGAACUUUUUUGGUACUUUGUGAAAUUUUUUUUUUGAAGCGUCAAACUUGAGAGAUGCAGAACGUAACUUUGUACGUUUUUAUUUUUUACCUGUAACCCUGCAGAUUGUGUCCACAACACAUUUCAAAUUUGUAUUUAAAUGUAUAAUAAAUAGUAUUUUCCCCAGCA